AACAUGACUGGUCGCAGCAAAGGAGGAAAAGGUCUGGGAAAAGGAGGCGCCAAGCGGCACAGGAAGGUGUUGAGAGACAACAUCCAAGGUAUCACCAAGCCGGCCAUUCGUCGUCUGGCUCGCCGAGGCGGAGUGAAGCGUAUCUCGGGUCUCAUCUACGAAGAGACACGCGGUGUGCUGAAGGUAUUCCUGGGGAACAUGAUUCGUGACGCUGUCACCUACACAGAGCACGCCGAAUGCAAGACUGUCACCGCUAUGGAUGUAGUCUACGCGUUGAAACGUCUGGGACGUACACUGCACGGAUUCGGAGUUUGA